AUGGCUCAAACCGGCUCCCAUCAGGACCUUCCAGACGAAGAGACCGAGCAGAUAGAUCAAAAUUCCGGCUCAUUAUCUACAAUUUCACUCGAAAACGAGCCACUGGUGCAGUCGUUGGCCGCAACCGAAUCGUUCCUGGCAGCUCCAAUCGACAUCAACGUAGCCCGUGCUCAACAGAUCAAUCUACCACCGCUGGAGUGGCUGCACUACGAGGCUGUACCGGCCAGCAUUAAGCUGACCAACAAUGGCGAAACGGUGAUUCUGAGUGCCCGAUGGGAUGGCCCAGAUCGUCCCACCAUCACCGGUGGCUCCCUUACCGGCCGCUACGUCUUCUCGCAGCUUCAUUUCCACUGGAGUGACACGGCACUGGAGGGCAGUGAACAUACGGUCGACGGAGCGCACCUUCCGCUCGAGCUGCACGUCAUCCACUACGACAACCGGUACGGCAGCCAGGACGAAGCGCAGAGCAUCCCCGGGGGCCUUCUUUGUCUCGUGUAUUUCUUCGCGCUCAAAUCACGCACGAACCAUUUCAUCGCGCCACUAAUUAAUGCGCUGGCCACGCUCGCCCUUCCCGAAUCGCACACCAAACUGGAACCGUUUCCAUUGAUCGAACUGUUCCAUCCAUUCACGGUGGAGUAUUUCCUUUACUGGGGAAGCAUAGUGGAUGCUGCCGCCGGUACUCGGACACCGAUUCUGUGGAUGCUGUCCCGGUUACAGGAGUCGAUUAAGUUUCAGCAAUUGAAACAGUUCAACCGACUGCUCGAUAGCCGAAUGAGACGACCACGGGAUCAACCGAAAACACCGUUACCAACAUCGGUGGCAUCCAUCGGUGGGAGACAUUUGUUUCACGUGAACCCACGCACACCGAUGGCCGUGGCGACGUUGGCGAUUGAACCACCGGAAAAGUAUGGUCGGUCGCGGGAACGUUGGCUCGCGGAUCGGAUGGUGCUCGAUUGGAGCACCCCGGAUGCGUGUCGGCGCUUUGUGCAGGCUAUGCGCGAAGAGUUGGCCAAGAAACGGGAGCAAGAGGUUAGGGAAAGUGAUGCUGCUUAG